UGUGUGUAGUGAGAGACCCGGGCCACCCAUCAACCUCAGUCAAGUCUGGCAGAGGAUCGGAUCGGUCGGCGUGCCGGACGGGGAUGGCGGGGCUGGGGGAGAAGGCGAGCGAGCAGCCGCUGAAGGAGUGUCUCCAAGCGGCGGUACAGGUGGCGCUGGACGCCGGCCAGAUAAUCAGGGAAGCAUUAAGGAUUGAAAAGCGAGUGCAAACAAAAUCCUCAGCUGCAGACCUCGUUACAGAAACAGAUCAGCUCGUUGAAAAUCUUAUCAUCUCUACUCUAAACAAAAAGUUUCCCUCGCACAGGUUCAUUGCAGAAGAAUCGGUUGCAGCUGGUGAGAAAUGCAUUCUGACUGAUGAUCCCACCUGGAUAAUAGACCCCAUCGAUGGAACGUGCAACUUUGUACACGGAGCUCCAGUGGUAGCAGUCUCUAUUGGAUUGGCUGUCAAUAAAGAGCUUGAGCUGGGCGUGAUCUAUAACUGUGUUGAAGAGAAGUUAUACACGGGCCAAAAAGGUCAUGGAGCCUUCUGUAAUGGGCAGAGACUUCAAGCAUCGAAGCAGACAGAUGUAUCGAAAGCCCUGAUUUUAACUGAACUUGGCUCAAUCCGAGAACCAGGGGCAGUAAGGAUGCUGUUUAAUAACAUGGAGAGGCUGCUUUCAGUACAGGCACAUGGGAUCAGGAUCAUAGGAAGUGCUGCUCUUGAUCUGUGCCACGUGGCGUCGGGAGACGUGGAGGCCUUCUACCAGUUUGGGCUCCACUGCUGGGACAUGGCUGCUGCGGCCGUCAUCGUCAGAGAGGCCGGAGGCAUCCUGAUUGACACGACGGGUGGACCGUUGGACCUCAUGUCCCGUAGGGUGGUGGCAGCCGGCACUUCACAGUUGGCGCAACAAAUUGCCCGGGAACUGGAGCCAGUGGCUUACGAGCGGGAUGACAGUGCAGAAGAAGCAAGUGACUCCCGGUCCAAAUAAAGACAUUCAGCAAUGAAACCACAGCAGAAAACACGAUGGUGACAGACUGCUGCCUUGUGAAAACUGUGAACUGGUCAACAGAUCGGUCACUCUCGCUGAAGGCUUCAGUGUUAGGCAACUUCUGUAAUGAGGGUUGUACUAAUUUAAUUGUCAUUAAAUGGGGAAGAAAUUCA